AUGUCGGCUCCCAACUCUCCAAGACUCGUCGACUCGUUUACCGUACCAAAGGACAUAUUACAAGAGUUCGCAGAUCUUGCGGAAGAAGAAAAUGUUGACCCCUUCGCAGAAACAGCCUCAAAACGUCAGAUUGCUGCACGGCAGUCCGACUACCACAACCGUCGCUUCAAUCGUGUUGCUCAGGAGAGUGCAGAUGCCUUUAAAUCAGUUGAAGAUGGUGUGGAAGUGGAAGGAGGAUACAAAGAGGCGAUGAGACUGGCUAGGUUGGAGCAGGAGGAGGCAAGAGUCAGGCGGGCAAUUGAAGAGAAAGAGAGGCAGGAGAGAGAAGAGGGAAAAAUGAAAAUGGACCUCGAUAAGACCCCUCCUCGUGCUGAACUCGAGGAUGUCGCAAUGGAACUUGCCGCUGCAAAGGAGCUCGCAAACUCUCGCGAAGCUACUUCUGGGACCAAACGUAAACGAAGAUGGGACGUCCCUGAGCCUACGGACGAGAAUGUUGACCCUAAUAAGACUGAUAAGAGGGAAUGGUCGAAAGAAUCCCUGGAAGCAUCCGCGCCAAAAAAGCGUCGUUCUCGCUGGGACGCUACUCCGGCAGAGGCUGUCGGUGAGACACCUAAGAAAUCUCGUUGGGAUCAAGCUGCUGUCAUUCCAGAAGCUCCAAUGACGCAGAUCAUAAUGAAUGCGCCGGGUAUCAUGCAGGAGGAUAAGCAUAAUCGUUAUCUCAGUGAUGAGGAGUUGGAUGCUAUUUUGCCGGCCACCGGGUAUGCUAUUGUUACUCCUCCCCCUGGAUAUGCACCGAUGGUAGCUCCCCGCAAGCUUAUGGGUGCACCGGUCACAGAAGUAGGUGGCUUUCACAUCCAGGAGGGCUCAGACGCUGCAGCAGUGGCUGCUGCCGCAGGCCUUGCACCUGAACUUCCCACCGAAAUACCCGGUGUCGGUAGUCUUGCAUUUUUCAAGGCCGAGGAUGCUCAGUACUUCGCCAAGAUUCUUAAGGAGGAAGACGAAACGGAGCUUUCAGUGGAUGAGAUGAAGGAGCGCAAAAUCAUGCGUUUACUUUUGAAGAUAAAGAACGGUACUCCUCCUGUACGAAAAACUGCCCUCCGCCAAAUUACUGACAAGGCUCGCGAGUUUGGUGCCGGUCCUCUCUUUGACAAGAUCCUUCCCUUACUCAUGGAGCGUACUCUCGAGGAUCAGGAGCGCCACCUACUUGUGAAGGUCAUCGAUCGUGUCCUCUACAAGCUCGAUGACCUUGUUCGUCCGUAUGUCCACAAAAUUCUCGUUGUUAUUGAGCCGCUCCUCAUUGAUGAGGAUUACUAUGCUCGUGUGGAGGGUCGGGAGAUUAUAUCCAACCUUUCCAAAGCUGCCGGUCUCGCACACAUGAUAUCCACUAUGCGUCCUGACAUUGAUCAUGCCGACGAGUACGUCCGCAACACCACCGCUCGUGCAUUCUCUGUCGUUGCCUCCGCACUCGGUAUUCCCUCGCUCUUGCCUUUCCUCAAGGCCGUAUGUCGCAGUAAGAAGUCGUGGCAGGCGCGGCAUACUGGUAUCCGUAUCGUGCAACAGAUCGCUAUCAUGAUGGGUUGCGCCGUCUUGCCCCAUCUUCGCAAUCUCGUGGCUUGCAUUGCGCACGGUCUGCAGGAUGAGCAGCAGAAAGUGCGGACCAUGACUGCACUAGGACUUGCUGCCCUUGCUGAAGCAGCUGCACCAUACGGUAUUGAGUCCUUCGAUGAGGUGCUGAAGCCUCUCUGGCUCGGUAUUCGUCUGCAUCGUGGCAAGGGCCUUGCUGCCUUCUUGAAGGCCAUCGGCUUCAUUAUUCCCCUCAUGGACCCCGAGUACGCAUCCUACUACACCAAGGAAGUCACAGUCAUCCUUAUUCGUGAAUUCCAAACCUCCGACGAAGAGAUGAAGAAGAUCGUCCUCAAGGUGGUCAAGCAGUGCGCAGCUACUGAAGGUGUCACGCCUCAAUAUAUCAAGCAGGACAUCCUGCCCGACUUCUUCAGGGCAUUCUGGGUUCGCCGCAUGGCGCUUGAUAGGCGAAACUAUCGUCAGGUUGUGGAGACGACUGUCGAGCUUGCGCAGAAGGCUGGGGUAUCCGAGAUAGUCGGCAGAGUUGUGAAUGAGUUGAAGGAUGAAGCAGAGCCUUACCGGAAGAUGGUCAUGGAGACGAUCACCAAAGUCGUUGCCAUGCUCGGUGCUUCAGAUAUUGACGAGCGGCUCGAGGUCCGCCUCGUCGACGGCAUCAUCUACUCGUUCCAGGAGCAGACUACCGAAGAUCAAGUUAUGCUUGAUGGCUUUGGCACGGUGGUCAACGCCCUUGGUAUCCGUGUCAAGCCUUAUCUCACGCAGAUUGUCUCUACCGUACUCUGGCGGCUCAAUAACAAAAGCGCUAAGGUCCGGCAACAAGCUGCAGAUCUCACGACGAGGCUGGCUGUCGUAAUCAAGCAGUGCGGGGAAGACCAACUUCUCAGCAAGCUGGGCCUCGUUCUUUUCGAGCAGCUCGGUGAAGAAUAUCCCGACACUCUCGGUAGUAUCAUUGCUGCAGAGGGAGCAAUUGCUAAUGUUGUUGGUAUGACGCAGAUGAAUCCGCCGGUCAAGGAUCUUUUGCCUCGAAUGACGCCUAUCCUUCGUAAUCGUCAUGAGAAGGUGCAGGAGGCAUCUAUCAACUUGAUUGGUCGUAUUGCCGAUCGUGGGGCAGAAUUCGUGCCAGCACGAGAGUGGAUGCGCAUUUGCUUCGAGCUACUGGAUCUAUUGAAGGCGCACAAGAAAGGUAUUCGGCGUGCUGCUGUCAACUCCUUCGGGUAUAUUGCGAAGUCCUUGGGUCCUCAGGAUGUUCUCUCGGUUCUUCUCACCAACUUACGUGUGCAAGAACGUCAAAGUCGUGUUUGUAGCACUGUCGCCAUCGCCAUCGUCGCUGAGACUUGUGGUCCCUUCACGUGUAUCCCUGCCAUCUUGAAUGAAUACCGGACAGCGGAACUCAACGUGCGCACCGGUUGUCUCAAAGCCCUCACAUUUGUCUUCGAGUAUAUUGGUCCCCAAUCGGCGUACUACUGUGACUCCGUGGUAACCAUGCUUGAAGAUGCACUCACAGAUCGCGACCUUGUUCAUCGCCAAACUGCUAGCGUCAUCGUGAAGCACAUCGCACUUGGUGUCGCGGGCAUGGGCUGCGAAGACUCUAUGAUGCACUUGAUGAAUCUUGUCUGGCCUAACUGUUUUGAAACGUCACCGCACGUCAUUGGUGCUGUUAUGGAUGCAAUCGAGGCAAUGCGGGUAUGUCUCGGUCCCGGUAUCCUUUUGAGCUACGUUCUUCAAGGUUUAUUCCACCCUGCACGUAAAGUCCGCGAGGUCUACUGGCGGGUCUAUAACGCAUUGUACUUGGGCGCUUCAGAUGCUAUGGUUCCCUUCUAUCCUGACCUGGGUGAGCUCAGUGAAGGACAAAAUGUAUAUGACAGGCAUCCACUGCAGAUGUUCCUUUGA